UCAGGAUGAACAGUACUCGUUGUCUCACACCACUAAACAAUCACCUUAUUUAGAAUCAGUCCAUCAGAAAACCAUAUCUUUAUUCUCAAAGUCUCAUCAAAUGGUGUCUUCGAUACAAGGAGCUUUUUUGAAGUUUCUUGUACAGACUAAUAAAGCUACAAGAGUGCUGGAGAUUGGAACUUUCACUGGUUAUUCUGCAUUGUGCAUGGCCGAAGGUUUAAAAGGGCGAGGAUCAGAAGCAAAAGUGGUUACAUUAGAAAAGAACAUAGAUUAUUUUAAAGCAGCAAAAGAGAACUUAGAAUCUUCAGAAUUUGGACACCUGAUUGAGCUGAAACUUGGCAAUGCAAUUGAUACGUGA